GGGUGCUUGGAGAUCAGAGACAAAAUCUUUCCCCCAAAAGAAAUUCAGGGAAAAAAACCCUCGCUCCUUUUUCACAGGAUUUCAAAUCCGCCCUUUUUAAGAAUUCUGCAACUGAAUCUAAACCCUAGAUUGAGGAUUCAUUGUAUACAUACGUAUAUCUGUAUAUAUCUACAUAUGUGUGUGUAUGGGACCACCAAAUGGGUGGAGCAGAGCUCGAGGAUUAGUGGUGAAGACGUUGGUUUUGAUCGGAGGUGCUCUUUUGGUUAAGCGAUUGACUAAGUCCACCACUCGUUGGGACCAUGCCCGCAUCGUCUCUCAGUCCAUCACCGGCGAAAAGUUUUCAAAGGAACAAGCGUCCAGAGAUCCUGAUAAUUACUUUAAUUUGAGAUGGCUUUCCUGCCCAGCUGCAGAUAUGGUGGAUGGAUCAAAGGUUCUAUAUUUCGAGCAAGCGUUUUGGAGAACUCCUCAUAAGCCAUUUAGACAGAGAUUUUGCAUGGUAAAGCCUUGCCCAAAGGAGAUGAAAUGUGAUGUCGAGUUGAGUACAUAUGCCAUUCGGGAUGCAGAGGAGUACAAGAACUUUUGUGAUCGGCUGAGGGACCAGCGUCCACAGCCUGAAGAAGUAAUUGGGGAUGUAGCGGAACAUCUAACCACCAUCUAUCUCAAGCGUUGUGAUCGUGGAAAACGAUGCUUGUACGAGGGUUCAACACCACCCGAUGGCUUCCCUAAUUCAUGGCAGAAUGGUGCAACAUAUUGUACCUCAGAACUAGCCGUCUUGAAGAAUAACGAGAUCCAUACAUGGGAUAGGGGUUAUGACGACAAUGGAAACCAAGUUUGGGGAGUGAAGGAUGGUCCAUAUGAAUUCAAGCCUGCACCUGGACCUGCACCUGGACCUGCAUCUACUUCUGUUGAUAUGUUAUCUCCUUUAAAUUUCCCACCUCUUAUUGGUAAAAGGAUUGAAGGUUCAUUUGUUCUUCAAGAAUAAUAAUAAUAUGUGUUACUUGACCUUUAUAUAUAAUUUAUCGCUACACAAUCUCACAUUCAAUAUACAAAUUUCUGUACUUUAUUCCAUUUCUAUCUGUAUCAUUGACCCAGCAGUAUUUAGGUUACUGG